GAGGUUAUCCGUGUACCGUCUCGGAAAUUGGUAAUCCAACGUGAAUUUUUCCAUUAUAAUUUGUAAUUAGGUCCGUAUCAAGAUGCGGCGAAUGCGGUAAACAUAGCACAUUUAUCUACACACGUGAAAAGUUUGAUUUAUAGCAUGUCUACGGUGAGGUUGAAGUUUCUAUUCAAAGAACUAAGAUUUUUGAGACUAUGGAACGUUUGGACUCGUAGAAGUGGUGUGAAUACGGUGCGGCGGUAUUUGCGGGAGCGUAGUGUUAGAGACGUGAUACAGUGUUUCAAAUAUACGAUACUGCGCCCUAGACGGACUCUGUUGCUCUCGGCUGCUGCGUACAAGUUCAAUGAUGACAGCGGGCAAAGUUGUAAGCAGGGUAUUUCGGACGAAGAGUUGCAGUCGCUAUUGCUGGAGCUGGAUAAUGUACAGCAACUGGCCAAGCUGACGCUGUACUGCACGUGCUGCGGAAACAGGAUCAUGAUUGACAGGAAACAAGAGGGUGUACAAUAUUGUGGCUGCAAAGAGCCAAAGCCUGCUGAAGAUUCCUCUGAUGGCUGGUUUCCGUACAUGGAAACUGAUGAUGUUAUAAUAUGGAGGAAAGAGUACAAACCUGGAAAGGGAUUAUACGCUUAUAAAGUGUACGGGAGGUACCCAGAGGUAUUGGCGAGCGACUACGCCGCGGUGCAGCUGGACGGCGCGUACCGCCGCGUGUGGGAUUCCGCGGUGGCGGCGCUCGCGGUGGUGGAGCGGGACGCGCGGGGCGUCACCGGGCAGACGGUGCUGCACUGGGAGGUGCUGUGGCCGCGGCUGUUCGCGAACCGCGACUACGUGUACAUCCGCCGUCACGCGGAGUUGGAGUUGUCACGUGACCGCGUGUUUGUCAUCCUGUCACGCUCGUGCGACCACCCCGACGUCCCGGAGACGAAGCACGCGAUCCGCGUGACGGAGUACUGGAGCCACAUGGUCGUGAAGGCUUUGACUGAUGAGUCCGGCACGGAGUUCGUGCUGACGUACUACGACGAGCCGGCGACGGGCGGCAUGCCGUGCGGCGUCGCGGCGUGGGCGUCGAGCCGCGCGGCGCCCGUCUACCUCGCGCGCAUGCGUCGCGCCGCGCUCGCCUACCGCCGCUGGGCCGCCGACGAGGCGCAGGAUUUGCCCGACUUCAUACCGCUAAGUCCAGAUCAGGUCAACCGAGACAGGCAUAUGGCAGUUGAGGAACAAGAUAUGGAGACUGACGAAGUUUGUGAAAUACUUGACUGGGCUCAAAAUUUUCAGACUUCUAAGCAAGGGCCUGAUAUGGACAACGGCAAGACCACACAAGACCAGAGCACGCAGACAGAAAAUGUCGAAGAAAAAGAAAAAGUAAAUUCGAACGGAGAUAGCGACAAAGACAGAGAAGUAAAAGAUACAGAAAGAGAGCCUAGAAAGGAAAUCAAUGGUGUUAAUGAUAAUAAGAAGUCUGCUUCGCACGAGGAGGGCGAUAAGAGUGAAGAGAGCGAAAACAACGGUUGGUGGCGUUACCUCUACCCUUUCUAUUACUUUGUCUAGAUAGACGAUCGUUAACAAUAAACACAAACGGUAUUGCUACAAAAGAUUUAAACACCUGUUGAACAGUUGAUUAGAGAAAAAUUC